GACGGCAGUAGGCGGCAGGCGGCGUACGCGCCGACCGCGCGCACCACCUCCUGGAUUCAAAUGUACCGGCUCAUUUACUACACCCGCGCUAUAUUUAACCGCUGCGACCAGAUUAAUAUCUGCAUGUUCCGUCACAAAAAUAAGUGAUCCGUCUCCUGAAAGUUGUGAUGUGAAAAUUGAUCUACGACAAGUGUGCUACCUUCAGUGUCGGAUAUAAAUGUGCUCGCUGGAUAAACAAAUACGCGCCCAAGAUCUGCUAUUCACUGCAACGUAGGAAGUAAAUACAUAUAACAUUUUGCGGUGAACAUCAGACCUCUGAAAUGAAUCCUCCGUCAGCGCUAUACGGCGCGAUGAGCCGGGAUCGAAAGCCGUUCACGUACACCCCGGGCGGGCUCGACCUCUCAGAGAUCAAGUCUGAGCGUAUGGCGAAACGGUUAAUGAGGAAUGCGAUGAAUCAAGGGGUUCCUGAAGUACCUGUGCAGCCGGUACAGCCGCAGUCAAAUACGUCGGCUCCUGUAGCACUCCCAAACUUCAAUUGUUUGCCAGUUCAAGUGUUUCCUACUUUUAAUUUGCCGGCGAAUCCAAAAAGUUUACUUAGAACUAGAAGUCACCCUGAACCGAGAGAGACUCCAGUACAGAGAGUAGUAGCACCUGUAGUAAACAACACGAGACUUGAUGGCAAUGAUACGUUUAAUAAUAAUAGUAAAUAUACGCCAACGUAUCCGCAAAUAAACAAUAACAGACCUGUUUCUAUGUUUGAGUAUAACUCUCCGGCCGUAAAUUCGUGCAGUUUACCGAGAACGAAUUAUGGCAGCGACGGAUAUACAGCGCCGGUACUUCCGGAAAUUAGUUACGAGGCCGAAUAUUUCCGCGCACAACCGAAACUUAGUGCAACCGAACAUUAUGAACAGUUACCAAAGUUGGAAAUUAGUGAAGAAAAAGACAAAGUACCUGUUAUUGAAAGUGAUGAACCGAUUUUAGAUUUGACAAUUAAACCGAUAUCUGAAGUGACUUCAGCUAAAUCUCCUCCACCGAUUGUUAUAGAACCUGUUGAAGAAAACGUGGCAACUGAAGAUGAACAGAAAGAAGUCAAAGUUGUCAAGAAACAAGUUAAGAAAGAAAAUAAAGUUGAGGAACAAAAUGGAAACCAGAAUGGUGAUGCAAACAAUGAGGCUGAAAUGACUGUGAAAUUGCCAACAAAAAAAUCGGCAGCUAAAACUGAGACUAACGUGGAAGUUGUGAAGAAAGUCUUGCCAGAUGGCUCUAUUGAAGAAGUUAAAACAACUACAACAAGGACGACUAUUGACGGAAGGACAGAAAUCAGAACUAAAACUGAGACCACAAUAAUUCCCAAGGAAGAAGAAUAUGAAGAGGAAGUUGAAGAAGAAGAAGAAGGAGAAAUUGAAGAGGUCCAUGAAGAGUCAAACGAACCUGAAACAGUCACAGUAACGGCUAAGAUUACUGAACCUAAGGAAAAUGGUUCUAAAGAUAAUAUUAUUACCACAGAAGAAAGAUCAGAAUCAACAACGACAUCUACUAAAAAAGUGGUAGUAAUACAAGACUCUCCUAAAGAAGAACAAUCUGUUGAAGUAGAUCAACCAGAAGAAGAGGAAGCAGAAGAAGAAGAAACAGAAGAAACAGAACCAGUGUUAGUGGUUUUGAAAAAACAACCUACACCAGAACCUAAAGCUGAGUCAAAAGACGUUGAAGAAGAUGAACAAGAAGAAGAAGAGGUUGAGGAAGAAUUAGAGGAGGAAUCAGAAGAAAAACCGAAGCCAGCACCACAGGAAGCAAAGAAACAAGUAGAAGAAGAAGAGGAAGAAGAAGAAGAAGAAGAAGCAGUUGAAUCUUCUGAAGAAGUAGAGGAAGUAGAAGAUAAAAAGGUGGAAGUAAAGAAAGAAGAUGUUAAAGCACAACCUCCUAAAUCGGAUGAACAAGAAGAAUCGGUGGAGGAAGAGGAGGAAGAAGAAAAUGAGGGGUCAGAGGAAAAAGUAGAGACCACAGUAGAAGUGAGCAACGAGACUGAAGUAGAAGAAAAGAAAGAUGAGAAAAAAGAUGAGAAGAAAGAUGAAGAAGAAGAAGUUGAAGAGGACAUCAGAGAGGAACGUGAAGCUGUUCUUGAAAAACCCGCAGAUGAUUCUGAGGAAACUUCAAAAGAACCUGAAGAAAAGGUGAUCAAAGUAGAAGUGGUGUCCAGUGAAGAAUCUAAGUCAGAAUCUAAAGAAGAGAAACCUGAACCUGCACCCCAGAAAGAAUACAACAUACCUAUAAGGGAACCAUCCAUUCCACUUGAUAAAGUAGAAGAUGUUGAGAUCAAACCUAUUGGAAGCACCCCAUUAAUUUCUAAAACCCAUACAGAAAACACAGAAAUUAUAAGAAGCACAAUCGAUCCUUCCAGUGGACUCAGUACCCAAACGCAAUACAACAAAAUUGAAAACAUUGUCACUGUGAACCGCACUACAAAAAUUUUAGAUCGUAAUUACGAAAAUGUGACCCAACAAGGUAUACCUACUGUCAAGACAUACUUCCCACCUCCUAGCAUAGAUAGAAUCUCCACUUCCCCUCUGCCAGCUAGGCCUUAUCAGCCGGUGUACGCCCCUGAGCCAACUACUGAAAGACGUCACAGCCUCCUUCUGGAAAGGCUUAGCAUGGAACGUCAGUUGCCUACAGACGUCUAUCAAUACGGUAAUAAUCAAUCUAACGACCAGCCUCAAUAUACAGAUGAACCACGAGCUGAAGUCCUUACUGUCAGCAAUGUAAAGCCGAGUUCUAUCACCAGUGACCAAAAAUGGUAUCAGCAAAAUCAGAGCCUUAUUUACAAUAACUUAUCUACCACUCCUACGCCGACCAGCCAGCCCUGGACUCAGCCUAAAUCUCAACCGCAACCACAACAACAGUAUCAACCGCAACCCCAAUUCCAAGCACAACCCCAACCACAAUAUCAGGCUCGUCCCCAGCAGUACCAACCAUCUACUCCUCAACCCCAAUACCCACAACCCCCUGCGCCCCAACCCCAGUAUCAACACUCUUUCUCUGAACCCGCUCCCGAAAGGGCGCCGUCAAGCUACUCCACAUACACACCCACACCCUCGUGGUUAUCCAACAACGAAACACAACAGAACACCUCGCCAUCCACUCAGUACUCUUAUCAAAACAAAGAAACAUCAGACAGCUAUCAGAAAUCUUCACAGCAGUACUCCUCUGGUUACGUUCCUCCUCCAUGGGAGCAGGACUCCAGCUACACAUCUGUCAAUAACACUUCACAAGUAUACUACAAACCCGCCCCUCUACCGCAAACAUCAGCGUUAAGUCCCAUUCCUACUCAAAGCUGGAAACCACCACCGGCUACUAAGUUCACCAAACCUGCUCCAAUCUCCUACAUACCACCAGCACCAAAUCAGUCCUUUGUUAGAUCUGCAUCUGUGUCGGAACCACCCAGGUCGGUUCCAGGUCGCAAGACAUAUUACAGCGAAUACGAAAGACGCUACAUUAGUGUACCAGAGUCUACAUACAUCCCCACGGAGACCAAGUACCAGCCACAACCUGAUCCUUCCCCCCAGUAUUACUACGACAACUAUGAACCAACGGAAGACAUUGAGCCGCAAUGGCGCAGAGAGCUUAGGGAGUUUACUGAGAAAACGUCCCAAACUACUACCACGGAGCAAACGAACGUCCAGCCGCCAUGGGAAACUGAAGCGAAGUUUACAAAGAAUCCGUCGGUAGUCUAUAAUCCCACUCCAUCGUGGAGUCAGACAUUAAGACCACGUUCUUGGCGCGAAAGAAGUUUCGAAUCAGAGUAUGUAACUCAAGAGUGGCCGAAGACUAACACUUUAGGUAGAGGCAGGCCGUUGAGUACUUUAGGUAAGACUUUGGAUGCGCCGAUUCCUGAGAGGACCCGAGGAGUGUCGGUGGACCGAUACAACCCGAACAGCUACCAGUCGCCGGCAGAGCACGCGCCCGUACAGGCGCACACGCUGACGACGCCGGCGCCGCACGCUGGCUACCAUAACCCGAACGUGCCCGCGUAUCACGCUCGUGCUUCAGCUGAACCUAGAGAGCAACCGGUUUCUUACCAGCAACGCGUGUACCGGGAAGCCCGCGCCAGUCCUCUUCAGUCGAGAUCUUUCAAGUACCUGCAAUGGAUCACUGGCACAGAGAAUUAAAUCACUUAGGACUAACUUUAAUUUAAGCUCUUAUAAAUAUUAAUUUACUUGAAAGAUAUAAAACAUCGUCUGUAAGAAAUAUUCUAUUUAUGUAAAUUGAGAAUGUGAUUUUGAGAUCUGUAAGUAGACUAAAAGUCCUUCAACGAUAAUCCUAAAAUUCUGUAGACCGAAUUCUUAGCGAUUAUUCACGAAGCGAAUGUUUAAAAGUGUCGUGUAUAGGUCGAAACGAAUCGAAUGAGAGUUAUUGUAAAUUGUAAGUUAGGUCUUUGAAAUCUGUAUCUCGUCUGUAAUUAAUUUUCUCUUUCAAAUGUAAAUACAUUUUUACACGGGCCUUGUAUACGUACUAAACCGCAUGCUUUCAAUUAUUUAUCUUUCUCGUUUCAUUUGAAUUACUAUUGUGUUGAGAAACUGCGCGAUAUUGUGAUAAGUCUUAUGAAUUAUUGAUUUUGUUCUAACCUAGUCAAUGGAGACAUGAUUGUCGCUAGUCUUAGCUCUUUAACAUAAAACUACACCAAUGCAUUUCUGCUUCAGUUUGUUCUAAUAAAUUCUUCAAAAUUAAGUUUAGUAAAAUAAUAAAUUACUAUUUCAUUAGCAUUUAUUUAUAUUGUUCGAAAUAUAAAAUUUGUUUUGCUGUUUAAUGAACUCAAAAUUCAAAUAUCGAAUAGUGAAUCCAUUUUGUUUUUUAACGUUUAACGAACUUUGAUGUUUGUUGUUCUAAGUUUAAACAACAUUUUGGUUUUACAUUUAAUUUUGAUUUGUGUUGGACGAACGAAGCAAAAUUAUUUUUAUUAUUCGUUGAAAUUAUUGUGAGUAUAAAUAAAAUUAAUUGUAAUAGUAGAGUGUACACAUGAUACAUUGCGUCUUUUAUAUAAAAAAGAGCGUUUUAUGUGCAUUAGUUUGUACACGUUUUGCUUAUUAAUUUAUUUAGCCUAAAAUUAUGUUAACUAUUUAUUUAAAUCUACAAAUAACCGCAUUAUACAAUCAGAAGUGUGUUUAAAUCUCUUGUCUCUCUCAUUCAUAACAAAUAUAAAAUAGAUGCAUGGGUUCUUAAAGUUGUAACAAAACAUUGUUUCAUUUUAUGUUAUUGUUGAGUUUUAUUUAAUAAAAUAUUCAAGUUUA